ACAACUUUACCAGUAUACGUUUAUUGCAAACUAAUGUCUACCUGAAUGGAAUGAAUAUAAAAUAACGAGAAGUGGUAUGAAACACAACAAUCCAAAACAUGACAUAUGACGUAGAUGUAGGCAACUAAAAAUAUCCGUAUGGAUUAUAACUAUGAGAAAAACAAGAUUUCGUAUUUCAAGCUAAACCGAUGUUUCCACAAACCUUACGUUAAAAUUAUACAGGAUUACUAAUUUAAAAUGAACCACCAGAUCAUGAAUGUAUGAACAUUGCGAGGCGCUUAUAAACUACCCAAAUCAGGAUAACGAAUAUACAUGAAGUGUUCCAACAAAUAAUUCAAGCUAAACACAACAUGCCGGCAACAUCAACAGAAAUCCAAGCGGUGCUAGGUAGUUUUGUCCUUGGACUAUUUCCACAAGUUAUGCAAUGGAUAAUAAAAGAAUACAUUACUUCAAGAGGAUUGACAGAGAAAUAUAAACAGAAAGACAUACGUGCCCCUCUAACGGUUAGUGAAAUAGCAUUGAUGGACAAACUUCCCGAUAUGGUGGAUUUCACAAUCGAAUUAUGCUACAAGAUAUUACGUUAUGAACAUUUAUUGCCUGAACCGAUGUGUAAGUGGGGGAAUGUUCCAAGCGAUGAAGACGUUGAAAUCACCGAUGAUAUUCAACGAAUAUUAAAUAGAACGAAUGAAAUUAUCAGAAUGAUGUCCGCCGAUAUUUCCGAAGACUACUAUGAAGAAGUGUGUACUACAACACAUGACGUACUAAAGAGGGUAGAUAAAUUUCUUAAUAUGAAUACCUGCGCAGAAUUGUAUCACACAAUUUGCCAUUCGCAAUUAGAUCCUACUGUCAUAGUUUCAAAACUUAGGGAGGUCAAGCAGGUCAAUGUGACCCACAAUAUUCAAGAAGUUGAUGAGAAGAAGGAACGUUAUUCAAGACUGUUACUGGUUGUCAUUGAAAGUUUUCCGAAUAUGCUCAGAAAUGUAAUCCAAUUAGUUAAACCAGCAAUGGAAAUGUACAAAAUGUGCAAACCUCGUAUGGAAGACUUUACGUCUGAUCAGCAAGCUAAACUAGAAAAGUUAAAAAAAUCAGAGUCUUAUGAUUCGUUGGAUAUAUCAAUGAUAUACAGAUUGCUUAAACAGUUUUCGCUAAUACAGUCUCCGACAAAUCACUGGGGAGGUGUUCCAGGCGAAAAAGAUACAACAGUAGCAGAUGACGUCGAACGCAUACGCUAUUUUAGAAACAAACUAGCUCAUAUGUGCAGCACAAAUAUCGGGAAGGUUGAAUUCGAUGAUUAUUUCAACCAGUUUAUUGAUAUUGGUCGUAGAAUGGAUAGAAUACAAGCUAGAAGAUUUGGUCAAAACUUCCAAGAUACAACAUUUGAAAGUGACAUUAUUGGACAUAAGACGUGCAAUAUGGAUACCCAAAUGCAGAUCAAAUACAUGAACGCAUUGAAGGAGCUUGAGAACAUUAAAUUGAGAUACGAAAAAAGGCCAAUAAAAUUUUUCUGGGGAGACAGCUUUCAAAGAAGUUUGGUAAAUCUGAGAUCACUUUUAGAGGACGCAAAGUUAGAAGGAAAAGAGAAAAUCCGUAUACAGAUAAUCUUCGAGAACCAAUCUGAUGGGGAGAAAAAUACAAAUAUACUUAAUGCCAUUAAAGACGAGAUAAAUGAAGGUUUGAGUGGGAUAGAAUUCAUAUCGGCAACACAAGGGAGUUUAAUUCUGAAUGUAGAUGUAUUGCUAGAUAUGAUGAAAACAGAUGAAUUUUUGCAAUCUACUAUUGCUUCAUUGGUGGAAAAGAUUUCGGAACUUAUUACGCUCUCAACCACUGAUAGAAUCGAUAUUAUUUUGUCACAUACUGAAGAAAUUAGAACAUGGACUACAACAAUAGUGAGUGCAGACCCAAUUUACCUAGACUUGAAUAUUGGGGCUAGGUUACUAAAAACCGAUGAUCAAUUGAGAGAACAGCUAAGUAAAAUAUCUGAAACCAUUUCCAAACAUGGCAACGGAAGGACAACAUACUCCGACAUUUCUGCAACACUUUUUCCCAUAAAUCUUGAAAAUAUAGUAACCAAAGAAGAAUCGUUUCCUCGCGCUCAAGCAGCCGUCAAAGACAACAUGCAUGUCUCUGCCACUUUUCGCAAGCAUGUAGACAUCAAAUCCAAAGAAAAUAAAUCUCAGGACAUCAAAGACUGUAUAAAAAUAGGCAAUAUGUUACUGUUUACUGAAGAUAAUAAAAAUCAACUCAUUAUUUAUAAUGCAAAUGGAACUUUGGAACGUACUAUUCAUCUGGAUUCUGAACCUUGGUAUUUAACGGAGAUCAACAGAAACACUGUGGCAGUAUCGUGUCCACGCGCUAAAACUGUAUUGAUAAUAAACAUAUAUACAGGUUCUGUCAGCGAUAAAAUUAUAACAAAGGAUAACUGCUUUGGACUAUCAUACAAUGAUUAUCUCUAUGUUAUAGUUGGAUCUAGUUUACUUUGUGUAAUGGACUUAGCUGGCAAAGUAAUACGUACAUGUACCUUAAAAUUAGUCGAUAACUGCAAUAUUACAGUGCACAAAAACCUGCUGGUUUGUAUAAAAAAAAAUACAUUAAUAUGCUGCUUUUCUUUAGACGGAAAGGUUAUUUGGGAGUUUGAAGAAUACAAAUAUAAACGUUUACGUCGUGUGACAACAGAUGAUGAAGGAAAUGUGUAUGUGACUGAUGAAGAUACUAACGUUGUAUUAGUUAUAUCUAAAGACGGAAAGAAGAUUAAAGAAAUUCUCACGGAGUCCGAUGGAAUGGUCAUGCCAGCUGGUAUUCAUUUUGAUAAAAAAGAAAACGUUCUCAUGAUUUGUAGUGACGAAGAGGCCUGGCUUUUUGACAUCAUCAAGAACAAGAAGUAAACUUGUAAAGCUAUUCUUU